AUGUUACAUUACUAGUAAUCCUAGUUAUACUACGUUGACUUGACACAUGACUACUAUAAGUUAUACUAGUUGUACCAAUAGACCUGUUCAAUUUAUUACUUUGAAUUGUAGCAGAUUACUAGUUGUACAUUUUGUAUAAACAACAUCAGUAAUACAUCAUCUGUUGUACCAGUAAAACGGGUUGUUAACGAGUUUUGUGUAAUGAGUUGUACCAGUUGGAAAUUUGUGAAAAUUUGUCCUCGAAACGAUAGAGAUUGCAACUGCUAAUCAACAUGACAUCCAUAAUCGUUCUUCGAUUAAGAAACCAAAGAAACCUGGCUCUGAUACCACCUGAUGGAGCGGAAGCAACGAUAAACAGCUCAACUAAGGGGUUAUGGAACAACGCUUGGACUUGCCAGCUUAUCCAAGGGAUUCUAUAGAAUCCUCUCUUGGGACCUGCUUCUUGAUUGAUGAAUCUAAUCAAAUCAAUACAAGGGAUAGAGAAUACUAUUCUCUCAAAAGCCAAAGCUCUUUAUUAAUCAAAUAAAACUGCAUACAACUUUAGACUUAGAUACCUAUUUAUAAUAAAUCCUUAAAUCUAUGAAAACCCUAAUCUUAAUUAAAAUAGAAAAACUACUAAAAUAUAGAAAAUACAAUAAGAAAUAAUUAUCUAUGUAAACUAAUAAAUUAUAAAAAUAUUUGGAUAACUUCCAAAUAUCUUGCUGCAUCACUAACUCUGCACACCUAUACCAAGAGAAAGAGGGAAAGAAGAGAAACAAUCUAAGGAAGGGAGAAUAGAAGGUAAGCACCGAGAAACCAGAGCCUAAGCUUGAGACCAGAAACAACCUUUUAAGCCCACAUAGCAUACAUGAAGAAAUCACUAUCCAAACCUGGAGUGGCAACUAUUACGAAAGGGAGAGCCACCAGAUAUGCGAGUAGUGAUGAAAGCUGCAAACGAGAUGAGAUAACAGAGAGGAAAGGGAAGAUGGAACAAAAUCAGAAAACUAUGGAACCAUCAUCGAGCUAUGAAAGAGAGAAUAGAAGUCAAAUCACAAAACAAAAACAGACCUUGAAAGCUAAGACGAGCAAGGACUAUCGACGGCAAACCAACGAUGCGGAACACAACAUCAAAGGAGACUAAACUCUGUCCCAACCUAAGGAGAAGCAGCUCCUACCAUAAGCCAAAAUCUAAGGAAGAAGAGGAGCGCUAAUAUUGACCUGAACAGCCUACAACGCUGUGAGAAACAACCUCAAAACUAUGAACUCAUAAACCCGAUCUACAACAAAUAUCAGAUAAUUUCACAUGAGAAGAAUGCGAAGAAGAACAAGAGCACGAAAGUGAGUCUUUUUCCCGGUGAUGGUGAGAAGCAUCGCACCCUGGAAAGGUAAAAGUAAUUCAUAGAUGGUGACGGCUCAAAGUCAAAAUAUGGGAGAGGGCACAAAACAUCUUAAAAUAGUAAUGUUCCAAAAUAUGAAAAAAAUAAAAUACAAUUUUGAAGUUGAAACCGUUAAUCUUAGAAUCAACAAAUUCUUAAAUGCAAAAUCAUUUUAAUUUAAUAUGAUUUACGUCAGACACUCAUUUCAUCACUAACAAAUACUACUAUACACACAACAAUACAAUCUUGAAAAACAAACACAUAAUAUAUUAACUUAUCACCUACUACUAUUAAUAUAUAGCAAAAAUAAACACCGAAUAAUACUUUUAACGAAUAAAGACGACCACAUAAUUAACAACAAUGAAACAUUAUUCCACACGAAGCGCGGACAUGCCCCCUAGUAAUAUAUAAAAUCUAUUAUUAUAAAGUACAUUUUGUCUCUCACCUCCUUAUGCCACAUCACUAAUAGGGGAAAGAGAGAAUGACACGUGUCCAACUCUAAAUCAGGUUUCUGCUUUACAUUGUUGAGGUUUACGUAUGGGCUUUACAUUGUUGGGCUUUGAUGAUCUUUAUUUGGACUGUUAUAAAAAAUACUUAAGCCCCAUACUUCCAUACACCUUCUCUAAUAAUUAGGGCCGUCGACAUCAAGGGUAUCUAUCUAUUAUUAUAAAGUACACUUUGUCCCUCACCUCCUUCUGCCACAUCACUAAAUAGGGGAAUGAGAGAGUCACACUUGUCCAACUCUAAAUCAGGUUUCUGCUUUACAUUGUUGGGCUUUGCCUAUGGGCUUUACAUUGUAGGGCUUCGAUGAUCUUUAUUUGGGCUGUUACAAAAAAAUACUUAAGCCCGACACUUCCACACACCUUCUUUAAUAGUUGGGGUGGUCGACAUCAAGGGUUCUUUGUGGUCAUCGACUUUUCGUUCAUCUCCAACAAUUGAGUUUCAGGAGACAUACUAAAUUUAUAUCUAUUACUAUAAAGUACACUUUGUCUCUCACCUCUUUAUGUCACAUCACUAAAUAGGGGAAGGAGAGAGUGACAUCUGUCCAACUCUAAAUCAGGUUCCUGCUUUACACUGUUGGACUUCAAUGAUCUUUAUCUGGAAUGUUGCAAAAAAAAUACUUAAGCCAGAUACUUCCAUGCACCUUUUUUAAUAGUUGGGACGGUCGACAUCAAGGGUUCGUCGUGGUCAUUGACUUCUCGUUCAUCUCCAACAUUGGAGUUUCAGGAGACAUAUUAAAUCUAUAUCUUAUUAUAAAGUACAUUUUGUCUAUCACCUCCUUCUGCCACAUCACUAGAUAGGGGAAGGAGAGAGUGACAUGUGUUCAAAUUUAAAUCAGGUUUCUGCUUUUCAUUGUUAGGUUUUACGUAUGGGCUUUACAUUGUUGGACUUUGAUGAUUUUUAUUUGGGCUGUUACAAAAAAUACUUAAUCCCGAUACUUUCAUACAUAUUCUUUAAUAAUUGGUCCGUCGACAUAAGGGUUCGUCGUGCUCAUUGACUUCUCAUUCAUCUCCAACAAUGGAGUUUCAGGAGAACUAUUUGAGACGAAUAGUGAUGAUGAUUCCAUGGAUAGAGAAGUCUUGGUAUCGGUUCAUCUCCUGUUCGUCUCCCUCGAACCGUUACGCCAUGAAUUGAUUGUAUGUCAUUAACUCUUUCGAUCCACUGCAUUUUCUCUCUUUUCAAGGCGGUGCAGCUACAACUAUAAAAAGACUAGUCUACAUACCGUACGCAUCAUCUUCACAAAUAAAAAAAUUUCCCCGUAGAAAUGGCGUUGCCUCAAAACGUGUGUUUGUAGGAUGGGUUUACUCCUAGUAAUUAAUAUAUCUAAUAUAAUCUUAAUUCAUGUUUUUUUUUGAAAUGAAAGAUUCAGUAGUCUAGUAGUUUGUUUAUGUUUAGAUAAUGCCCCGACUGAAUUUGAAAGCCCAAUCUAACAAUUUUUUAAAAAAAUAUAUAUUUUUUGAAAUCCAAAAUAUUUUGGUUUGGGUCAGAUUCAGUGUUGUUUCUUUUUUAAUAAAAAUUUGAGAUUUUAGAUCCAUUAUUUUAACAGUUUCGGUUUGGAGUUGGUAUAAGUUUCUUGGGGGUCGGGUUUGGUUCUGUUUUUCCGAUUCGGAUAUUUUGCUAAACCAUAUGUGGAACACAGCAGACUUACGGUAUUGUGAAUGCUUCAAAUUUUGUAAAGAAGUAAAAGACCACACGAGGACAGCAAAGAGGAGUACAUAAAAAGUCAAAUAAAGUCUUUUAGAAUACAAAACCAUAAAAGUCAUGGGCCUUCGCUUCUCUGUAAUCCCACUGAUUACCAAAUCGUACAGCGCACGACGACCUCUGCACUUCUGCCAAUUCCGGCCAUGAAUCGCCAAGCGCCGUCGUGAUUAUGUUAACCGACGUCUUUUGGCUUCGCACGCGACGGAGCCGCAUCGUCUUCUUCCUCAUCUGUUCUCCUUUACUUAUCCCACUCCUCUGUGCCUCAAUCCCUCUCCUCUGCGCCGCCGAGAUCUUCAGUCGCCUCCGCAAUCGCCAUCCAUGGUUCGCUAAAUCCGCCGAUGAAGAUGAUUUGCGGCUCCGGAGAUGCGAGGAAGGAUGUAACUGCGGCGGGUCUGGGCCGGAAGAAGCGGGAUUGCUGCAGAGAUACUUGGAAGAUCAGCUGAUUCUGGUUAGAUCUGUUUACGGAUGCGGUGAAGAAGAAGACCAAAAUCGCGAUCCCGAUCAAAAUAGGAUUUUACUUCUUUCGUGAUUGUUUGUUUUGAAGUUUAUGUAGAUAUAAGCACACGGAUCCGAUUUAUUAUAUACUUCCAAACUCCGAUCAAUUGAAAUUUUCCACUUUCGUCUUUGUCUCUUUCA